ACUAGCGGACUAUUUGAAAUUGUCAACAUUGGAUUUGCAGGUGCGUGUUUAAUGAACGAGAGCAAACUUUAGCAGUUUAGUGACAAAAACAAAACAUGACUAGAAAAAUUUAAAAAAGUGCUACGAUUUAUGUGAAAGAUUAUGGACGAUCAACUUACUUCAGGGCCAUAUAGGGCAACGUUGUUGUGGAAUGGAUUGAUAAGAAAUUUCCGUUCAGAUAUUCCACUAGGUCGACACCGACGUUACAUGAAGACAUAUGACGAUUGUUUUGUGGCAUCUGAUGCAGUUGAUUGGUUACAUCAAUAUUUAAAGAAGAAUCCAAAUUUUGGUACAGAUGUGUCAAGAGCACAGAGUGUUCAGUUGUUACAGAAACUUCAUAAAGCUAAAGUGUUUGAAGAUGUACGAGGGCAGAAACAUAAUAGAGGAGAGUUUACAGACAGUAGUCGUCUUUUUAGACUUACGCUUAGUUCUCCUUCCAAGGCGGUGAGGACUCCAAUAGCUCUGAGAAACAACCUUAAACUGGCCAACUUACGGAGAUCCCCGCUCACAAAACCAAUGGCACCGCCCAACCCAGUCAAGCUUGACUUUGACAGGAUGUCAUCAAUGCCCACCAUACCAGACAACACAAGUACAUUACCAGAAUGCCACUUCAUGUCUAAACCAUUGUCAGCCCAAGAAAUAGAAGAGGAAUGGAAAAACAUGACUUUACAAAACUUACAAAAGAUUCUUGGUGUUGAUGCCCUAGGUGAUAUUAUCGAUGCUGAAUAUGUGAAAGGGAAGUUCAUCAUGCAUAAUUGUCUAUAUAUCAACAAAAGUGGUGUUGUCACAAACAUUGAUCCAAAAGAUCAACUUCCACACUGGGCACUGUCAGCCAUGAAAUGUUUGGCAUAUUGGCCAGAUAAGAUAGAUGAGAACUUACCAAAUUAUCCUGGUUUUGAGAAGGACGUGUUCCGUGUAGUGAAGGAAUAUUUCUGUGAAUUACCGGAGCCACUGAUGACCUACAACAUGUAUGAGGUUAUAACAAAUGUGUUUGUGACAUCAUCCAAUCUGAAUCAGAAGAAAGGACAUGUGUCUCGUGGCAUCUUGCCAAGUAACUGUGAAUACUCUAACUCAACCCCUAAACUUAUUAAUGCCUACAAAUCUGUUGAAAAUUUGCUCAUGAAAUUAACGAGAAAUUCCAAAACUUCUGCAGAGUGCCAGGAUGCAUCUGAAGGUUACUCGAGCGGAAAUAUACUAGAUCUGUCUCCAAUUCAGCCGGUUCACAAUUCUAGUCGUACAAGUAAACAAGGCGAUCCAGUAACUAGAUAUGAAACUGCCUUCGGACCAGAUAACAAAACUGUUACUCGUGUCUUUUACGCGGAUGGUGUUGCGACAGACUUCAAUCAUAUUGACAAUGGAAAAACCAAUAUAGAACAUACUCCAAUUGAGACUCAUUUUGAAGACUCCCCACCAAGUUCUGAAAGUGCACCUUCUUUCUCUAGGAAAAAUGGUUUAAGACAUUCUAUGCAUAAUUUAUUUAAUAGAGGAAAGAGGGCGAAGGCAGAAAAAGCUAGUUCACGUAGACGUAGUGCUGGCUAUAAUUUGAAUGAAGUAGAUAACUAUGGAUGUACUGUAGGAGUUUAUUCUAGAACCUCGCCAAACAACUCAUCUCAUGAUACACCUGUGUCGAGGCUUGCUUCGGUUUCAAGGUCUGAGUCUUGUGCAGCAGGUAUGGUGGAAAAAGCCAACAGGAAAUUUGUAAAUGGAAAACCUCCAGCAUAUGCCAUGCCUCCUUCCUAUGAUGCCCUGUACCCAGAAUCCCUUUACCCUAAAUCCAGUCAUCCCACUUCUGAUAAAUCGAGAAAGUUUCUAAAACGGAAAAAAUCUAUUUCAACAGCUUCUCUGAAUCAUAGAAAGUCCUUUAUAGAAAAUAGUGACAGCGGGAAAGGCAACUCUUCAUCUUUGUCGGACAAAUCAAAUGGAGGGCGGAACUGUGAUAAUGAUGUCGUAGUAGGGCGGAGCCUUAGCAUGUCAGACUUGGCAGCAGCCACACCCCCAGUAGAGAAUGAGCUUCAAAAGCAAUGUAUGGGGAAGAUACAGGACAGUGAGGAUAGUGUGUUCUUAGAUGAUUCCACAGAAAGGAUAAUUAAAGCAUUACAAUUGGUCUGCUUGAUCCUGCCUCCAGCCAAUCGUAGAAGACUUCACUUGUUGCUCCGCCUCAUGAACAAAAUGUCAACCAAUAACAAGCUAGUGCUGGAUGAAACUCAGCCAUCAAGAACAUUGUUACUGGAGACGUUUUAUCGUGCUGUACUGUGUUGUAGCGAUGAGAGUGAGAUGGAUGACCUACUUGUUAUACAACUUGUCUCGUUCCUCAUGGAUCAUUACAUGGAGAUAUUCUCCGUACCCGAUGACCUGAAAACUAGCGUUGAACUUCGGGUAACCAAGUUACAAAGAACAAAGGUGGACGAGCAUAAUUUAGAUAGCAACAUGUUUAUAAGAAUCCGAUAUUCCUCUGAUGACUCGGCAUCCCUCCAUUUCUGUAAACAACUGUCCAUGGAUGAGUAUGAGAAUCAACGAAUGACGUCAUCACAACAAGCCCUCGCCUCCCUCCUCGAGGACAUUGUCUCAGAUAAAUCCAUGGCUCUCAAAGAAAAGAAAAAAAGACUGAAGCAGUUUCAAAAGACAUAUCCUGAUAUAUAUCUACGAAGAUUUCCAUGCAGCCAGAGUGAGGCAGAGUUGUUUCCUCCUAGACCAAAGAUAAAACAGCCGCUGCUUGCCAAACCAUUGCUCAAAUUGAAAGGACUUAGACUCUAACAUGACUUCAUAACAUAAAAGAAUUUAGGACUAUAUGAAGUUUUAACUACUGAUGUUAAGGAAAAGUUCUUAUUCUCAAGUAAUUAUCAAAUUCA